AUGGCGCUGUACGCUUGCGGGGCCCGUGGGGCCGCCUGGGCCGGCGCUCCAGGCCGGGUUGCCCCGCCGGCUUUGCGCCGCUGGAGCCUGCGCUCGGGCUCCGGGACGCCACCGGCGGAGGAGGCGGCGGCGGCGGCGGCGCCGAACGUGGUGCGGGUCCCGCACGCUUGGCGGCUCCAGCUGGAGCGGGGCGGCUCCAGACCCGGCCGGAAGGGCGCCCCCGCUGCUGCGCCGGGCCCACCCCGCUCCGUGAAGCUGCUGCUGCGGAGCCGCCGCAAGGAGCUGAGCCAGGCCGCGCGGCAGACGGUGGGCCGCUGGGAGAAGCCUCGCUUGGUCUCGGGUGGCUGGAAGCACCGCUUGUCCCGGGGGGAUUAUUUCCGGCUGGAGCGGACUCGGCAGGAGUCGCCUGAGGAGGCCGGCGCUGACUCUCCCCCCUCCUCUUUCCUAGCCCUGGGCGUGGAGCCCCAGCUAGUCUCCGUCUUGCAGGACGUGCUGGGCAUCUCCCAGCCCACCGCCGUGCAGAAGCGCACCAUCCCCACCCUGCUGAAGGGGUCCAGCGCACUCUGUGCCGCGGAGACCGGCAGCGGCAAGACUCUGGCCUACCUGCUGCCCCUGAUCCAGCGGCUCUUGCAAGCCCGGCACUGGCCCACCGGGCACGUUGCCUCCCCCCGCUCCUUGGUGGUGCUGCCUUCCCGAGAGCUCGCGGGACAGGUGCGGAGCGUAGCCUCGUACCUGUGCACGCCAUUGGGCUUGCAGGUAAGGGAGUUCGGGGGUGGCCGGGGCAUAGGCCACAUCUGGCGGAAGAUCCACGCCGGCCCUGCCGACCUCCUGGUGGCCACGCCAGGCGCGCUGUGCAAGGCGCUGCGGAGGAGGAUGUUGAGCUUGGAGAAGCUGCACUGCCUGGUGUUGGAUGAAGUGGACACCUUGCUGGACCCCACCUUUGUAGACCUGGUGGAAGACCUGCUUCAGCAGGUCCCCCUCAGCACCAGCCUCAAGGAAGUCAGUGACGUUUGGGAUCCCAAAGCCCAGCUGGUGGCUAUGGGAGCCACCAUCCCGAAGGGGUUGGGCAAAAUGCUGAGUAAGGUCGCCGAUCUGGACGGCUUCAGCAUACUCACCAGCCAGAGUCUGCAUCACCUUCAGCCCCACGUGGAGCAAAAAUUCAUGCGCGUGAAGGGCAGCAACAAGGUGGUGGAGAUGCUGCAGCUGAUCAAAGAUCGAGGGCCCUCGUCUGGAGGGGUUCUGAUUUUCUGCAACAGCGCCAGUACAGUCAACUGGCUUGGUUACAUAUUGGAUGACCAUAAGAUUAAACACCUGCGCUUGCAGGGACAGAUGCAAGCGGUAAUGAGAGAAGGUAUCUUCGACUCCUUCCAGAAAGGCAGGUCUGACAUCUUGGUAUGCACAGAUAUCGCUUCCCGAGGACUGGAUACCACCCAGGUGGAGCUAGUGAUCAACUAUGACUUUCCCCCAACGCUCCAGGAUUACCUCCAUCGGGUGGGGCGAGUUGGCCGCGUAGGCAGUGCAUUUCCUGGGACUGUAGUCAGCUUUGUAACCCACAGGUGGGAUGUGGACCUUGUCCAGAAAAUAGAAACUGCAGCUCGCAAAAGAGCUCCAUUGCCGGGGAUGGAACCAAUUAUUAAAAAGUCUUUGUCUAAUAAAGAAAAGAGAAGGCUGGUCUAAAGAACCUGACUUUAAAUAAUGCUUGCCAGGAUGCUUGACGACGUUUCUGCAGAAAGCAUUGUUUAAUAUUUUGUAUGUUUGAUUUGAGGACCUGAACAAAAGAGCAAUGCAGUGAAAGCCCAGCCAAAGAAUCUUGCAAUGAAUAAAAUAUCAAGCAUAAA